AUGGGCUUGCACCUGCUUGACCUUCCAGUGGACAUCCUGUCCAUGAUCCUCACGCCGUUACUCGUCUCCGCAUACCCUAUCAAGCUCUGCACCUGCUCCGAAUCCCUACCGCGGGACGUCGACCCGCUGCCUGUGAUGCUCGUCCACCCUGCCCUGUACGCUAUCGCCAGUCCGCUCUUCUACGAGGGCAACGAGUUCGAGUUGGACACGAGGGGAGAGCACGGCCCUCACGUCAGGCACUGCCUCGAAGAUGCGGCGGAUGCAGCCGCGAAACGAGAGCCGUUUCUACUCACACAGGACGAUGACGACGGCCUAUCCCUUGAUCCUCGAGGAAAGCUUAGGUCGCCGAUAGCAACAAGCAUCCUGGUCGAACGCGCUUCCCUGCGAAGGGUGAAGCGCCUGCACGUCUACGUUGAAAAGCUGCGGCAGUGGAUCGAUGUUCUGCUCGUCCCGCUUCUGUCGGACAUGGUUCUCGCCGGCAACCUCGCAGCCUUGACCCUCGUCGUUCGCACAGCGUCCGGCAAGAACGUGGCGACACGGCGGGACGUGUACGCGCGCAGGCCUCUGGCGAGCCUGGUACGCCUCCUGGCAGACCCUUAUCUGCGCGAGCGGCGCCUCUGGGUCAGCGCGGCGCAUGGACUGGACCCGCCGGACGGGGGGCCAGGACAGAGCAGGCAGUUUGGGGAGCACGAAUACGCACCCGUGGACUGGCGGACGGCGGUGAGGCUCGCGGACCCGGAGGGCAGGGAAAGGGUCAUCGGGCUCGGGGGCGACGUGACCAAUGCGCGAGGAAGAGGGUAUGCGGCCGACGAGUACGAGGGUCCGUGA